AGAGGCCGCAGCCGAAAGAUGCCGGUCCGCAGGGGCCACGUCGCGCCCCAAAACACUUACCUGGACACCAUCAUCCGCAAGUUCGAGGGCCAGAGUCGUAAGUUCCUGAUCGCCAAUGCUCAGAUGGAGAACUGCGCCAUCAUUUACUGCAACGAUGGCUUCUGUGAACUCUUCGGCUACUCCCGAGUGGAAGUGAUGCAGAGACCGUGCACCUGCGACUUCCUCACAGGCCCCAACACCCCACGCAGUGCCAUGUCCCGCCUGGCGCAGGCCCUGCUGGGGGCUGAGGAGUGCAAGGUGGACAUCCUCUACUACCGCAAGGAUGCCUCCAGCUUCCGCUGCCUCGUGGAUGUGGUGCCCGUGAAGAAUGAGGAUGGGGCCGUCAUUAUGUUCAUCCUCAACUUUGAGGACCUGGCCCAGCUCCUGGCCAAGCGAGGGAGCCGCAGCCUGUCCCAGCGCCUGCUGUCCCAGAGCUUCCUGGGCUCCGAGGGCUCUCAUGGCAGGCCGGGUGCACAGGGACCUGGCCCGGGCAGGGUCAAGUACAGGACCAUCAGCCAGAUCCCGCAGUUCACACUCAACUUUGUGGAAUUCAACCUGGAGAAGCACCGCCCGGGCUCCACCACGGAGAUUGAGAUCAUCGCACCCCACAAGGUGGUAGAGCGGACCCAGAACGUCACCGAGAAGGUCACCCAGGUGCUGUCCCUGGGUGCGGACGUGCUGCCGGAGUACCAGCUGCAGGCACCGCGCAUCCACCGCGGGACCCUCCUGCACUACAGCCCCUUCAAGGCCGUGUGGGACUGGCUUAUCCUGCUGCUGGUCAUCUACACGGCCAUCUUCACGCCCUACUCGGCCGCCUUCCUGCUCGGCGACCAGGACAAGCCUCAGCGCGCGGACUGUGGCUACACCUGCAGCCCGCUCACCACGGUGGACCUCAUCGUGGACAUCAUGUUCGUCGUGGACAUCGUCAUCAACUUCCGCACCACCUACGUCAACGCCAACGACGAGGUGGUCAGCCACCCCCGCCGCAUUGCCGUCCACUACUUCAAGGGCUGGUUCCUCAUCGACAUGGUGGCCGCCAUCCCCUUCGACCUGCUCAUCUUCCGUACUGGCUCUGAUGAGACCACAACCCUGAUCGGGCUGCUGAAGACGGCUCGGCUGCUACGGCUGGUGCGUGUGGCUCGCAAGCUGGACCGCUACUCUGAGUACGGGGCAGCAGUGCUCUUCCUGCUCAUGUGCACCUUUGCACUCAUCGCACACUGGCUGGCCUGCAUCUGGUACGCCAUCGGCAACGUGGAGCGGCCCUACCUGGAACCCAAGAUCGGCUGGCUGGACAGCCUGGGAGCGCAGCUCGGCAAGCGCUACAAUGGCAGCGACCCAGCCUCAGGCCCCUCGGUGCAGGACAAGUAUGUCACGGCCCUGUACUUCACCUUCAGCAGCCUCACCAGCGUGGGCUUCGGCAACGUCUCACCCAACACCAACUCUGAAAAGGUCUUCUCCAUCUGCGUCAUGCUCAUCGGCUCCCUCAUGUACGCCAGCAUCUUCGGCAACGUGUCGGCCAUCAUCCAGCGCCUGUACUCGGGCACGGCGCGCUACCACACGCAGAUGCUGCGAGUCAAGGAGUUCAUCCGCUUCCACCAGAUCCCCAACCCGCUGCGGCAGCGCCUUGAGGAGUACUUCCAGCACGCCUGGUCCUACACCAACGGCAUCGACAUGAACGCGGUGCUGAAGGGCUUCCCCGAGUGCCUGCAGGCCGACAUCUGCCUGCACCUGCACCGCGCGCUGCUGCAGCACUGCCCGGCCUUCCACGGCGCCAGCAAGGGCUGCCUGCGCGCGCUCGCCGUCAAGUUCAAGACGACGCACGCGCCGCCCGGGGACACUCUGGUGCACCUCGGCGACGUGCUCUCCACGCUCUACUUCAUUUCCCGCGGCUCCAUCGAGAUCCUGCGCGACGACGUAGUGGUGGCCAUCCUCGGAAAGAAUGACAUCUUUGGGGAGCCCGUUAGCCUCCAUGCCCGGCCGGGCAAGUCCAGUGCAGACGUACGGGCCCUGACCUACUGUGACCUGCACAAGAUCCAGCGGGCAGACCUGCUGGAGGUGCUGGACAUGUACCCCGCCUUCGCAGACAGCUUCUGGAGUAAGCUGGAAGUCACCUUCAACCUGCGGGAUGCAGGCGAGGGUCUCCAGUCAUCACCCCAACAGGCCCCAGGCAGCCAGGACCACCAAGGCUUCUUCCUCAGUGACAACCAGUCAGGUGAGCAAAGCCAGCUGGGGCCCCAGGCCCCCUCCCAGGGCUACAGCCUUCUGGGUCCCAGAAGCCAGACCUCUAUGGGGGUAGGACCUCGUACUUCAGGGCGCCCAGGUGCAGCCCCUUCCCUGAGCAUCUCAGAUGCAUCUGGCCGCUGGCCUGAGUUGCUGCAGCAAGUGCCCCCCAGGCCAAGUCAGAGCCCCCCAAACCCUCAGGGAGACCCAGACUGCUGGCCUCGGGAGCUAGGCUCCAGGCUAGAGCAGCUCCAGGCCCAGAUGAACAGGCUGGAAUCACGCAUGUCCUCAGACCUCAGCCGCAUCCUGCAGCUCCUUCAGCAGCCCCCGCCCCAGGACCACACUGGCUACAUUCUGGGAGCCCCUGCCUCCAAUGACCUGGCCUUGUCUCCUUCAACCUCAGCAACUCAGAGUCCAGGAACUAGACUACUACCCCAGGGCGAUCUGCCCCCUGCACAGGCCCCCAGUUAUGGUGACCUGGACGAAUGGAGGCCGAAGCUCGGGAACUCCUCCUCCAGGAUGCUGGCCCCAGCCACAGAAAUGGACAAAACUACAACACCGUCCUCAGAACAGAAGCAGCCUGAGGGGCUCCCGUCACCCUUGGCCUCGCCUCUGCAUCCCCUGGAGGUACAGGGACUUGUCUGUGGUCCUCACUUUCCCUCGCUCCCUGAACACCUCAGCUCUGUCCCCAAAUAGCUGGAGUUCCAGAGACAUGGCUCAGAUCCUGGAUUUGUGAGGAGCUAGAGCCACUGUACCCCAAGAUAAUAGACACCAGGAAGGAACUGAAGGCAGGUGAGACGACAGUUAAGGAUUUGGGGGAGGCAGACAGCCUGUAAACUGAAAACCAUUUACCUAGAGUAGCUACAAACUGCCAAUCCAGGUGACCCAAGAUGGCUUGGGCCAAGAGGCUCAGGACUUCUCCCAACCUCCCGCAGGUCUCUAUUUAGACAGCAGGCCUGGUGGAGGGGGGGUGAGCCUCAGGUGUAGAGGUAGCUUAUGGGACAGAGGGCUCAGUGAAGAACAGAGACCUUCCUGAUCUACUGUGUGAGAGCCUUGCUCUGUGCCAAGUACGAUCACCUCCCAGCUCAGAACUCUCCCCCACCACCCAGCCAGCCCCCAAGGUUGGUCAAGACCUCCCGCCGAGAGCUUGUGAAGCAGCUGGAGAUGAAAGUGUCCUCUGUAGUGGACACAUCAGGGACAGAACUCCAGCCCCCAGCCACUCUGCCCCUGAUGGUUCUGUGAGGACCUUUGGGACC